CUGUCUGUCUGUCUGUUUAUUCCACAUAUCUUUGCAUUAUUUGAUCUUUGACCCCUCCAUUUCCAUUUAAGUUAUUAAGACAAAACCCAAUGAGAACGGCAUCAACGUUGCCUGAUCUGUCACUGCAGAUCAGCCCACCAUCAAUAUCUAAUGGAGCUAGAGAUGUGGCCCUGGAAGGAUUGAUGAUGAGAUCAUUACUCAGUGAGAGGAAUUCAUCGACGGAUUCCGGCAGCAGCGGGAGUGAUUUAAGCCAUGAUCAUGGGUUCUUGCACCAAGAAAGGGGUUACGAUUUCUACAGCCAAGAACCCACAUUGAGUCUAGGGUUUGAGAUGUCUCCGUUCGAUUCACCAGCCUUGCAGUUACACCGCCACUUCCACCACCUCCAUCACCCACGAAAUUACGGGGGGGAAUUCAAGAGGAAUUCGAGAUUGGUUAUCGGAGGAAAAAGAAGCAUUAGGGCUCCUCGAAUGAGAUGGACGACAACCCUCCACGCGCAUUUCGUUCAUGCUGUGGAACUCCUUGGAGGCCAUGAGAGAGCAACACCCAAGUCAGUUUUGGAGCUAAUGAAUGUGAAGGAUCUCACAUUGGCACAUGUGAAGAGCCACUUGCAGAUGUAUAGAACAGUGAAGAGCACUGACAAAGGGGCAGGCCAAGGGCAGGUAGAUGUGGGUUUGAACCAACGGACAGGGAUAGUUGAAAUGGAGGGUGGAUUAUCAGGUGACAAUGCUGAAAUGGCUCCUUCCUAUGCUCUCAAUAUUCCAUCACAGCCCCAAUCUCCACGGGGACCUUGGCCAUCAAGGGUGGAAAAUGCUUCGAUUCCACCAAAUAUAGAAAAUGGGUCCACUCACUCCCAUUUCAGAUCUAAUGAUGUUGAAAAGGUGGGCCAAUAUGAGGAUGCCAGACACGUGUCGAGCACAGGGACCGAUAAAUUGUAUUUGACCACCUUACCAACUCCACGUGUAGGUUCUAAGCAGCUUCCCAACUUGCCUAAUCUAGAGAUUACCUUAGGAAGACAAAGCUGGCAAAUGGAUUGUGUUGAAUCUUCAAAUGAACUAACCCUACUUAAAUGUUAAUUAUCUUAAUUACGUUUUCCUAAUCAAUGAAAGGUUUCUCACGUGAAAUUACUAAUA